AUGAAGUUCUUCGCUACCUGUGCUGCCCUCGCGGCCCUCCCCAUCGCCUUCGCUGCCCCCAGCACUGGCAAGUCCUGCCCGGUCGCUAAGCCCAAGCCCGGCCACGGCAAGGGUGACCUUAAGGACUUCCCCUUCUGCUUCACCUCCACCUACCAGAUCGUGGCGACCCCAGAUCAGGUUGUGAACGCCAACAACACCGCCACCCCAGGUGAGCCAGGUGCUAUUGGUUACUACAACUACGGCAUCCAGUCCGAGAUGGACCUCAUCUGCUGGCACAUCACCCUCAAGGGCGUUACCGGCCCCUACCAAUCCCCCGCCAGAACCGCCACCCACAUCCACCAAGCCAACAAGGGCAUGAACGGUCCCCCCCGUAUCGCUUUCCCCAACCCCGAGCCCGCCGACACUGGCGCCGACACCGUCAAGGUCUCCAUGGGCUGCAUGGUCGGUCCCUUCACCACCGGUGUCCUGGCCAACGGCACCGACACCGGCGCCGGCUUCACCGUCAAGCAGAUCGAGGAGAACCCAUCCAACUUCUUCACCGAUGCGCACACCACCACCUACGUGGCCGGUGUCGUGCGUGGUCAGAUGGACCAGUAA